AGGUCAGGUUCCACAUGUGAGCACUCUCUUCGCCGUCCGUCGUUGAAGACUUCGGCUAAACAACAAAAACAGUACCAUUAAACAUUCCUAACGUUUCUUUUCUUUUCGCUCUGCCUGCGGAAGCAAGAAGACGCAUAUCCUGCUGACUUGUAUUCCUGCUUGACAGUAUUAUCGGCAGCACCAUCAAUAACACUUAAAACAAAAAAAGAAGCAAAGUAAAGUAAAGUAAAAAAUGAUGGACGACGACACACCGACGGUGCUACACAAGCGCUUCAUGGAGCUGCUGCGGGUCUCCGGCCGUAGCCCCAUCCGCGUCUCUCAGAUCGCUGCGAUCUUGGGCAUCAGCCACGACGAAGGCCAAUACGCGACGCUGCGAGACCUGCUCUCCCACAGCCAUGUCAUCGACUACGACGUGGCGCAGCAAACGGUGCGGAGCAUCCUGCCGCCGCACAACGAACGCGAGGACGAGGAUGAGGCUGCGUUGCUGGCGCUGAGCGAUGUGGACGUGGUGGGGCACGGCGGUGCCGCCGCAGCAGCAGCACAGGCGCGAGCGCAUCAUCACCAGCGACGGUCAAACAGCCGACACCCGCCGAUCAGCCGCGGAGUGGCUGGCGGGUACCCGUCCGACACGGGCGCCAUCGGGCCGAACAACGACGGCAACCGCAGCUUUGCGGGUAUGUCGCGCCGUCGUGCGCCAGGUGGGUGGAGCAAGCCCGGUCAGCGUGCGCUGGAGGAGGCGGCGACUUACCUGGGCCCGGUGGGCCGGGUGGGCUACGUUUGUGUGGCGGACGAGCUGCACCUGGGUAAGCUGGAGGCGUACUACCGUGCGCAGGGUUACUACACCAAGUUUGACUUCGACGUGUUGCACGUGCGGUUUGCCCAGCCGCCCUCCAUUGGAAACGUGAAAGUGGAGGCGGACGCGACGGCGCCGAAGGAGGCGGGGCGGCGGGACCGGGACAAGGCGCCACGUCGAGCCGCACCACCUCCACGGCAUGAAGACGGGAGCAGCGGCAUCGCCCUUCCUGGGCACAACAUGCAGGGCACCACCUUCUCGCACGAGAACAACAGCGAUGGCGGGACGCAGCCGCAGAACACGGACAGGAGUGGGUCACCGCACUCGCACGCGAGCUCACAAGGAGUGCGCACGGCGGCGGGCACCAGUCCUACCCGUCGCGACUACGGCAGCACGCGCAACAUCGGAGCCGCCGACGCUGAGGGCGGCGAGGCACCCGCGGCAUCCGCGUCAGCCGCAGCCGCUAGCUCUGCUGCCAGCAACGUGCGUGUCCGGCACGGCUUUGACCUCUUCAUCUUCUCCUACGGUGCCGUGGUUUGGUGGGGGUUCGAUCAGCGCUACUUCAAGAUCGUGGAAAACGACUACAUGCUGCCGCACAGCGCCAUCAGCCACUGCAUGACGAACCGCUACACGACGCAGUUGGUGAAUGAGAACUACCCGGUGUGGUGCACCUACAACCUGGCCCGUCGGGACACCUUAGAGGUGGAAGACGACUUCAAGGCGCGUCUGCGCUUUGACCACUUCGUUAUUCCGUACAGCCACGGCGAGGUGGCCACGGGAAGCGUGCUCAUGCUCUGCGCGUCGCACGCACUGGCCCAGUCGGCGAAGAUCGACUACAUUGAGCUGCAGGUACAAGAGCUGGCGGACGGCUGCUCCCCGUUGCCGCGAGAGCUGCGCGAAAAGGGCAGGGUCAGCAUCACGGAGCGGCGGCUGCUGCAGCUGCGCGGCGAGGUGCUCUCCUACCGUCUAAUGCUGAAGAGUGGGUCCGAUCUGCUGGAUGAGCCCGAUUUUUUCUGGGAGAAUUCGUAUCUGAAACCUGUGUUUCAGGCCACGAAGGAGGAGUUCGAGAUUUCGGAGCGGGUGGAGGCGCUGGACAACAAGUUGGAUGCGGCGAACGAGAUCUUGUCGAUGCUGGCGGAAGACUUCUCGCAGCGGCACGGUGCGCGGUUGGAGUGGAUUGUGAUUUGGCUCGUGUUUGUGGAGGUGGUGAUUGGCGUGCUGGAGCUGCUGGUGGACAUCCGGCCGUGGAUGCACUCGAGGUAA